AUACGCCAGUAUAUGGACAUCCGAAAAUCACCUUAAUUAAUUACGUGUGUUAAAUUCUCAUAAAAUCGAUAUGAUUUUACCAGUCUUCCCGUUGAUAAUAUUAAUAGAAUUGCAUUAUGCCGUGUCGCAAAGGCCUAAGGAAUUUCAUGUAAUAUUGUACAAAGACAAGAAUUUCAAAGGACCUUCCUACGACACUGGUCCUCCCACCAUGUACUGCAUUCCACUUUCUGUAACUUUAGCAAAGGAAGCUUCGUCCGUGAACACGAAGGGCAACUGUAUUCGACUCUACGAACAUCGAAACUGUUCAGGCACAUCGACCCGAAUCUAUCCCGGCAGUAGUGGACACAGUAAUAUGAAAGACGUUGAUUUCAACGAUCUUGCUGAAGCGAUCGGCCCUUGUUACGAGCACGAAAUGGAGUACAGGGAAUCUCGCACGCAUGUUCAUGACAAAUUGAGACGUCGAAGAUCCACAAAAUCCUCUAAACCAUUAAUAUCCUCGUCCUACUAUACAAACACUACAACACUUGUAAACCGUUCCCCAAAAUUUUUACCUUGGCUCUUACCAGCAAUUAUUGCGGGCACCGUUGCACUUGGAGCAGCAGCAGCAUCCAACAGGCCGGGUCCACCACAGUGCAUACGGUGGAUGCCUGAUCUAUUUUUCCUAGGCAUUGCUGCCCUUCAGAGUGAUCAAUAUCAAAACAGAAUCAUGGACGCACCUUCCAGACUGGCCUUUCACGUCCAUCGGAGUUCUAACGGGAGAGUAGAAGGUGUACAUGCUUUUAUUCGAAGAGAACACUUGGGACAAGGUACAUCUACGAAUGACCGUAUUCGAGUAUACGCAAGGUCCAUGGGUGAGCGUAAUGACGAUGCUGGACAUAUCAUAGCGCAAGGUUUAGGCGGAAGUGGAACCAUGGAAGAAAAUAUAUUUCCACAGAAUUCAAAUAUUAACCGAGGGGCUUGGAGAGAGGCCGAGAGCAUGGUUCGUGACGUGGUAGAAGCUGAUGGCCAAGUAGAAUUCUCGGUUAUUUUUACCUACGAUAAUGCCCGAAGUACUCGCCCUAGUUCGUUCAUAUACAGGAUAUCUUCCUCUAGAAUAAAUUUUGUUAACGAUAUGCUAAACCCGAGAAAUAUUGGGGGCAGGAAGGAAGAGUUUAUGAUAGGGGAGGGAAACAAUGACACCCUAUCGAGGCCAAGCUUUUCGUCUCCAGAGUACAAAUCGGCAUCUUGCGGGAAACGAUUAAUUGGGUACUUUCCAUCCUGGGGAAAUACGACCUUGCGAGACACCCAAGCAGCAAAGCUAUCCCACGUCGUGUUUGCCUUUUUCCAAACCCUACCCGAUGGAACAAUCCGUCUUGGCUCAGCGGAUCCGAACAAUUCCCCAAAUCCUGAUGAAGAUUGCCAUAUCAAAACUAAGAUUUGGUCAAUUUCUAAAAGUCCUUCACAACUUUUCGCACCUAAAGGGAAUAUCGCGGCCAGCUCGGUCUUACGAGAAAACUUUAUUUCCUCAGUUCUCCAGAUCUUAGAGGAUUUCGAUCUAGAUGGCGUAGACGUAGAUUGGGAAUUUCCCGUGACAGGAGGCGCCGUGGAGGGAAACCCAUCCGACGAGGAGAAUUAUGUCGAGCUCAUGACUGAACUGCGAGAGGCAUUGAACGACUAUUCAUCCCGAGUUGGAAGAUCAGAACCGUACCCAAUUUCAUUUGCGGGUGCCGCCGGUCAAUGGACGUUAGAUCCAGGUUUUGACAUUGCUGGGCUUUUACAAUAUGCGCCCUCAUGGGCCCUCCGCGCUGAGGAUGUGGCGAGUCGAGGUGGCUUCACGGGAUCAUUCCUGCCAUGGAAAUCUAUAAAACAUGACAUCCUUAGUAACUCUGGAUAUGUAGUCAAAAUGCAUGAAAAAACAAAAACCCCGUAUGCAUAUAAUGCUGUUGAAAGGAAAUUCUUAGGGUUUGAAGAUCCAGUUAGUCUCGCGGCUAAAGUUUCAUACGCCAAGGGAUACAAUUUGGGCGGAAUGAUGAUCUGGGCGUUAGACCAGGAUGACGACGCCGACACUAUGCUAAGCGUUCUUUCUAAUGGGAACUUGUGUGGACAUUUUGAUCCAUUUGAGGUAACACAUAGAUGUCUCCCAACCGAUGAGAAGAGAUGGUGGACACCCGAGGAUGGCAACGGUUAUGAGGGAAUGUGUGGCAAGAGUGCCCCCUUGAUAAACGAAUAUUACCCAGUUUGCGAUCCAGAAGACCCAGGUUACUCGUGCUGUGGGGCGUACGGUUAUUGCGGUUCUGGUCCAGACUUUUGUGACUGUCCAACAUGCAAGAAUUAUGGUAACGAUCCGUCCCUUAUGCUUGAAGAACCGGUGAAGCCGACUCGUUUAUCAAUCGCGUGGUACACAAUGUCUGACGGGGAAGGAAAGUGGGGCCGAUGCGGCCGACCAGCGCCACCUUUAAAUGGCAACAUACCCAUAUGUAAUCCCGACGAUGCAAAUACACACUGCUGUUCCUCGUCUGGGUAUUGUGGGACGGGCCAGGAAUUUUGUGAGUGUGACGGGUGCGGCAAUUUCCUCGAUAAUCCGGACUAUGUAUACCCCCCAAAGAAAUGGUGGGACUGGGAAGAUGGUCCUGACAAGAGUGGCCGGUGUGGGCCGUCCGCUCCAUUGUUGGAUGAUGGAGGAAUAGCGGAAUGCAACGCGGACAGUGCAGAUGCUCAUUGUUGCUCACCAUCGGGAUGGUAUGGAACUGGGGCAGAUUUUUGUGAAUGUGAUGGAUGUACGGAUUUCAGCACGAAGUGAAGCUAAUACUUAGAAUAAAUAUUAGUGAUCUUAUUCAUCAGGAGUCUAUAUGGUGUAUUCGCAGGGCAUAAUUACAUUUUACAUUUAAAAAUCUACACGACCAGCGCGGUACAAAAUUGCCACCAUCUGAAAUUUAAAAAAAAACCUUAAGCUAAUUCAGAGUUAAAAUGUCUCAUUAAGCUCUCGUCCGGACGGAAGAAUACUAUAAUAAACCGCUGUAAAAUCUGAAAAAAUUACUCUGUAUCUAUGUACUUAUACAUAAGUAAGUAAGCAAUAAGUCAUUAAUAAUAUCAUGGGACUAGCAAUUUUUUUAACGAACUUGAUGCAUAUGGCAUCAAUUUCU